AAUGCUGGGGGCGGGGCUCCGGAUAGCCAGGUGUUUGGACAGAGAUCGCGGCUCUGCUGUGCUUUUAUCAUUCCACUAUAAUAACACAUCAGCUUUAACUGGCAUCGAGCCGCACGCUAUUUAAGUUGCGCGCGCGCGCGUGUGUAAGUGUGUGUGUGUAAGAGAGAGAGAGAGAGAGAGAGAGAGAGACUGAUUCCUCCUCGGUGUAAAGCCGUCGUCUUUUAUUCACGACGCGUCCUGCAGAGAGGAAUAUUUUUUUCACGGAAGUUAAACCGCUUCACUCGUAUUGUUAGAAGAUUUUCUUUUGUUUAAAGAGAUACAAUGUUAUCGAGGAGCGGUAUCUUUGUAGUGUUGCUCGCCGGCUUGGUAUUCACUGCAGCAGAUGACAGUGAGACGGAGAGAAAUGUCGCGGAGUUAGAGGUAGAAACCCUGGCAAAGCCGGAGACAUGCACAGUAACAUCAGUGAUGGGGGACACGCUUCAUAUCCAUUACACGGGUCGGCUUUUGGACGGAAAGGUGAUAGACUCCUCUCUGUCCCGUGAUCCGCUGGUGGUCGAACUUGGAAAGCGAACUGUCAUCUCAGGUCUAGAACAAGCCCUGGUUGGUGUCUGUGAAGGACAAAAAAUCAAGGCCACCAUUCCUGCACAUCUAGCAUAUGGAAAAAGAGGAUACCCUCCAACUAUCCCAGGUGACUCCACUCUGGAGUUCGAGGUGGAGGUGAUCUCCUUGGUGCAGCAGACGCCCUGGCAGAAGCUGGUGAAUGACGUCUUUCCUCUUGUGUGCCUGGCACUAGUUCCCACUUUACUGGGACUGGUGGGUCUCUACCUCUACAAGAAGGCCAGUGCACAACCUCAAGGCAAGAAGAAGAGCAAAGACAAGAAGAGCAAGAAGAAAUAAAAAGGACAUUAAAGGAACAAUAAACUAUUUAAAUAAAAAAAA